GGUAAUGAAGAGAUUUUUUUUCACCAAGUGAAGCUAACGUAGAUGUGACCUCCACAAAAUGAUAGAAUUUCUUGCCUUUGAAAGUGUGAUUUAAAGAUAGUUUUGACUUUAUUUUAGAGUUGAGGUUCAAUCAUAGAUGAAUACAACAAUGGCAGGUGCACAACAGGUGUUUGAGACGCAGCCCCAGCAGGCCAAGUUUGUCUACAUAUCCGAUCGCCAUCCAAAAGACACUCUUGAAAUGACGAACAUUCUCCGUAAGCAGCGAGAACUCUGCGAUGUCGUCAUCAACGUCAACGACAAAAAGAUCUACGCCCACCGGAUAAUCCUGUCCGCCUGCAGCCCUUACUUUCGAGCCAUGUUCACCGGGGAGCUCGCGGAGAGCCGGCAGACGGAGGUGGCUAUCAGGGACAUUGAUGAGCGUGCAAUGGAAUCGUUGGUGGACUUUGCGUACACGUCCACGGUGACUGUCGAGGAGAGCAAUGUACAGACUCUGCUUCCUGCAGCGUGUCUACUGCAGCUGUCUGAAAUCCAGGAAGCUUGCUGUGAGUUUCUAAAGAGGCAGCUUGAUCCAUCCAACUGUCUCGGAAUCAGAGCCUUCGCAGACACGCAUGCCUGUAGGGAUUUGCUCAGAGUCGCUGACAAGUUCACUCAACAUAAGUUUCUGCAGGUCAUGGAAAGUGAGGAGUUCAUGCUGCUGCCAGUCAAUCAACUCAUGGAGAUUAUUUCUAGUGAUGAAUUGAAUGUACACAGUGAAGAACAGGUCUAUAAUGCAAUCAUCUCAUGGGUCAAAUAUAACAUUCCAGAGAGAAGAACACACUUAGCGGAGGUCUUACAACAUGUGCGGCUCCCUCUACUGAACCCCAAGUUCCUGGUAGGGACAGUAAGCUCAGACCUGUUGAUCCGGAGUGACGAGGCUUGUAGGGACCUGGUGGAUGAGGCUAAGAACUAUCUACUCUUACCUCAGGAGAGACCCCUGAUGCAGGGUCCUAGGACCAGGCCUAGGAAACCAAUACGGUGUGGAGAAGUGCUCUUUGCAGUUGGAGGUUGGUGCAGCGGUGAUGCUAUCUCUAGCGUUGAGAGGUUCGACCCACAGAGCGGUGAAUGGAGGAUGGUAGCACCCAUGUGUAAGAGACGUUGCGGUGUGGGCAUCGCUGUGCUAGAUGACCUCUUGUAUGCAGUCGGAGGUCAUGACGGGUCAUCGUAUCUCAAUAGCAUAGAGAGAUAUGACCCUCAAACAAACCAAUGGAGCAGUGAUGUUGCUCCGACGAGCACAUGUAGGACGAGUGUGGGCGUGGCGGUCUUGGACGGUUACAUGUAUGCUGUAGGUGGCCAAGAUGGUGUAUCAUGUCUCAACAUUGUAGAAAGAUAUGAACCACACGCCAACCGUUGGACAAGAGUAGCAUCUAUGAGUACCAGAAGGCUAGGAGUGGCUGUAGCUGUCCUAGGUGGCUUCCUCUAUGCUGUAGGUGGAUCAGAUGGUACAUCGCCUCUCAAUAUAGUUGAAAAGUAUGAUCCUCGAACAAACAAGUGGACUCCGGUGGCACCGAUGGGUACGAAGCGCAAACAUCUAGGAUGUGCAGUCUACAAUGACAUGCUGUAUGCAGUGGGUGGAAGAGACGAACAGACUGAAUUGAGCAGUGCUGAGAGAUAUGAUCCUCUAUCCAAUACAUGGAAACCUAUAGUUGCUAUGAACUCGAGACGGAGUGGGGUUGGACUUGCCGUAGUGAACGGUAGACUGAUGGCCGUGGGUGGGUUCGAUGGGACCACGUACCUCAAGACGGUAGAAGUCUACGAUCCAGACACCAAAUCAUGGCGUAUGUGCGGCAGCAUGAACUAUCGUCGAUUGGGAGGAGGUGUCGGGGUCGUCAAACUUCCUCAAUCGGAAUCCAAUGUUUGGUAGCACAGGACUAUUUCAGACUUUUUUUCUUCUUUUUUGUUUUUUCCAGAAUGUGUGUUAUAUGAGCUGUACGUUCAGUGUAAAUCAUGGCAAUGAACUAUCGCCGAUUGGGAGGAGGUGUCGGGGUCGUCAAACUUCCUCAAUCGGAAUCCAACGUUUGGUAGCACAGGACUUUUUCAGACUUUUUUUCUUUUUUUACCAGAAUGUGUGUUAUAUGAGCUGUACGUUCAGUGCAGUUUAGCGCAGUAUUAUAGGGUGUAGGUAUUUCACAGAUCGUCUACUUGGAAGCAAAAGGAUGUUAGCUUAGUGAGUGGGAAAAUGACUUAAAGGGGAUGUAGCAUGGCAAAUACUGGUUAACGCCAUCUACGACUUCUUUUGGACAACUGCAUUUUAACGAAUGGACUUAUGUUGUUCGCGAAACAGACCAAAAUAUCUCCUCACGCUUCGGUUUCGCAUAUGGAACACGAACAUGAAUAUUGCGGUCGCGUCAUCCGUAGUAAUAUACCCGAUUGGCCUCGAGUCAGGCCACGGGAAAGACAAGUAGUCUCGUCAUGCUACAACCCCUUUAAUGUCCUCCUGGCCUCCGAGCUUAUGAUGUAUUUGUUGCAUUGGAGAUGUUACUCUUGGAUAUUGACCCAGUUCACCCCUCCUGGUGUAGCUGACUGAUUGAAGGAACCAUUUUUUAGCGACCGUAGAAGAAUUGCGCCUCCCAAGAGAAGAUGUACCUGAUGAGUGUGUCAAGUUGAUAGCCUCAGUAGAGCUCAGAUCAGACCAUCAAACUCGAGGGAAUGAUUAUUUCAAAGCCAUACUGUAUAGAAGCACGGCUGCAAAAUCUCCCCCAGUGCCAUCUCAGGUCAGCUGUAACAGUAUGGUCCCGCUACUCGCUGCUUCCCUAGCUGCGCUGUUGGUUCUUGCAUUGAGUCCUCGAUCUGCAAAGUGGGAAUUAGGUAUCGGGUCACGCACUGUUGGCAAGUUGACUAUGAAAUGGCACUGCAGUAAACUGUAUGCUAUGGCAGGAAGUUAAUCAGUUCAAUAUCUCUUUAAUCAGGGAUGCCAGUUUUCAGGCAAUAGCCUGAAUUCAGGCCCUGGCAAGUUAUUUUCAGACCAUAGUUUAGGCUUUUUUGUGUACAAAAUAGCUCAUUCUAGCUGAUUUUCAGGCCCUCGAUCAAUACUAACUGGCAUCCCUGUUUAAUGCAUAUUCAUCUACCAUUAUACCUGGUAAUAUAUGUGGGUAAAUACCUUAGAUUUACCCUCAAAAGAAACACUGUUGAGUUACACUUUCAGUUGACAAUUACUGCUUUUCGAAACAGUUGAUCGUUGAAAGUGUUUGGUAUCAUCACAUUUUGUAGUAUUAUACUAACAACAAAUGCAGCAAACAUGAUUAGAUAUACACGCCUACACGUUCAUGCCUAUGCAUUUAUCAAUGAACAUGCAGGCACCUGUAUAUAUCAUGCCAUUCAUUGUGAGCACAGAUAAGAUGAUGCAUAGUAUUACUUUAAUAUAGGAUGCAUAGUAGACAGAGAGCUUAGUGUACAUUACAAACCAUGUACAUACAAAUGAGAUAGAAAUUUACGUGUAAAUAUUGUGAAUAAAUCACUGGAAGAGUCAAUUGUAUUCAGUAUCAUAUUAACAAA